AAGGAUGUCAAGUUCCGGAUUACGUCAUUUGCUAUUGGUCAAUUUUCUAUCAUCAACCACACUUCCUGAAAGGACAUGAAGUUUAAUAGAACCCCCAUGGCCAGCUCAGUUUAAUAUCCUGCCAACCGAAACAAAAAUGUUCGGUUUACCCUGGGCAAAUAAAAUAAUUACGGUCAGAUCUAACUCCGAAGCCAUGCCGUAAAUAAAAUGUGGGCGAUGGCACCAUGCAAUACGCCACCCGCACUGCUCGGUGGCAUGGCGCGGUGGUGGUGCUAAGGUCCGUGCAGACCUGUGGACAGCUCGGCUGGAAGAUCCGGAACUGGGAUGGGAUUGGCUACAUAUCAGAUAUCACUGUGGACGACCUAUGUUAUAGAGCAGGGAGACGACUAUUGAAAUAGAGCAUCGGGGAUACGGAAUAAUCAUAAACACGAUAAUGUCUGACCCAUUGUCAUGUACAGUUAUAAAGCCAAAAGCCAGAGUCGGAAAAUCCUGUGAUAUUACAAGGUUAUUAGCCAGUCACAAUUGCAUAGUAAAGUGGAAAAAAAUAAAAAAAUAUGGUUUGCAGAGUCCACUCCGAAAUCUGGGGAUGAAAAUUUUCGGUGACUGGGAUCCUCAGUUAUACCGAUAGAUAAAAACCCCAUCUUUUUUGGGGGGAACAGACAAGGGAUGGGCCUCGGAAUAAUCUCCCAAGUAUAUAUAUUCCAGUCCGAGGCCGCCAGUUUUGAGGAGGUGCCCAUUAAUAUAGUGUCAAAAGUUCCAGUUAGGGAUCCUACUAAACAACCGGGGGCGGCACACGACCGCACUCUUGCUCCGAUCUGUUAAAAAUCUGAUUGGCUUAAAUGCCGUUUCCUUAAGCUACAGAAAAUUUUAUAUAAAUACGUGAGUUUUUCCCUACCAGGUACCCGAUUUUUUUCUGUAAUCAUCACUAAAUAUGUCAUUGGUUAACUCUAUCAAGAAAUCUACUAA